AUGUCAACAUACCUUAUAACCGGCACCUCCCGCGGCCUGGGCCUGGCCCUGGUGCGCCACCUCGCCAACCUCCCCAGUUCCUCCGUAGGAACCAUCUUCGCAACAUCCCGCUCAGAACACCCAAGCCUCGACGAACUUAGCCAACAAUCCGACCGGAUCCAGUGGGUCAAAUGCGAUGUUACCGACGCAGCAAGCGUGCAGGAUGCAGUCAGAGCAGUUCAAGGUAAACUGCAGGGAAAAGGACUGGAUGUACUCAUCAAUAAUGCGGGCGUGAUGACCAAUACCAAGGGUGGAGUCGCGGAUAUGCAUGUCGUGCAGCUUUACUGA